UCUUCACUAAAAUUCCUUUUCAGUCCCCUUCUCUUCUUUCCCCCUCUCCGAGACCGAGAGGGCCUCUCUUCAAUAUUGCUACAGAGAGACGAGACUCGGAUCUAAAGAGAGGACUCGAAACCCCAGUCCUUCCCUCUUCCCGAUCUGCUCUAUCUUACCGCUAUAAAUAUACUUGUUCGUAUGAACUUCUCCAUUUCGGUACAUAUCUGCUGGUAUAAGUGUUCGUGAUUCUAAACGCGACUGUAUAUAUUGUUCUUGAUUCUACACGUGCUGAUCGGAUCGGAGUGUUCUGUUUGGGGGCUUUAUUUUGGUGAUUGGGGAAGAUGUUAACGAAGUUUGAGACGAAGAGUAAUAGAGUGAAGGGACUGAGUUUCCACGGUAAGAGACCAUGGAUUCUUGCGAGUCUUCACAGCGGUGUCAUCCAGUUGUGGGACUACCGAAUGGGGACACUUAUUGACAGGUUUGACGAGCACGAUGGCCCCGUUCGCGGCGUUCAUUUCCAUAUAUCGCAGCCGCUGUUUGUUUCUGGAGGUGAUGACUACAAGAUAAAGGUGUGGAAUUAUAAGACUCAUAGGUGUCUAUUCACCCUCCUUGGACACCUUGAUUACAUCCGCACAGUGCAGUUUCAUCAUGAACACCCAUGGAUUGUGAGUGCUAGUGAUGAUCAGACCAUCCGCAUAUGGAAUUGGCAGUCACGUACUUGUAUUUCUGUUUUGACGGGUCACAAUCAUUAUGUAAUGUGUGCAUCUUUCCAUCCAAAAGAAGACCUUGUUGUGUCUGCUUCUCUAGAUCAGACUGUUCGUGUGUGGGAUAUUGGUUCCUUGAGAAAGAAGACUGCGUCUCCAGCAGAUGAUAUUCUGAGGUUAAGUCAGAUGAAUACUGAUCUUUUUGGUGGUGUUGAUGCUGUUGUUAAGUAUGUCUUGGAAGGCCAUGACCGUGGAGUCAACUGGGCUGCAUUCCAUCCCACUCUACCUCUCAUUGUCUCAGGGGCAGAUGACCGCCAAGUGAAAUUGUGGCGCAUGAAUGAUACAAGGGCUUGGGAAGUGGAUACAUUGAGGGGUCACAUGAAUAAUGUGUCAUGUGUUAUGUUCCACGCCAAGCAGGACACAAUUGUAUCAAACUCUGAGGAUAAAAGUAUUCGUGUCUGGGAUGCAACAAAGAGAACUGGAAUUCAAACUUUCCGUCGAGAGCAUGAUCGAUUCUGGAUCCUUGCUGCUCACCCUGAGAUGAAUCUUUUGGCAGCAGGUCAUGAUAGUGGCAUGAUUGUCUUUAAACUGGAGAGAGAAAGGCCUGCCUUUUCUGUAAGUGGGGAUUCAAUGUUUUAUGCUAAAGACCGGUUUUUACGAUUUUAUGAGUUUUCAACCCAGAAGGAUACACAAGUUAUUCCAAUUCGGCGUCCGGGUUCUACAUCUUUGAAUCAGAGUCCUAAGACUCUUUCUUACAGUCCCACUGAAAAUGCCGUUCUUAUCUGCUCUGAUGUUGAUGGGGGAUCUUAUGAGUUGUAUGUCAUACCCAAAGACAGUGUUGGUAGGAGUGACUAUGUCCAGGAGGCAAAGAGAGGUAGUGGAGGUUCUGCUAUUUUCGUGGCUCGAAAUAGGUUUGCUGUGCUUGACAAAAGUAGCAACCAAGUCUUAGUCAAGAAUCUAAAAAAUGAAGUGAUUAAAAAGAGUGGCCUUCCCAUUGCUGCAGAUGCAAUAUUCUAUGCUGGAACAGGUAAUUUACUGUGUAGGGCAGAGGAUAGGGUGGUUAUAUUUGAUCUUCAGCAGAGGCUUGUUCUUGGUGAUCUUCAAACCCCUUUUGUGAAGUAUGUUGUUUGGUCAAAUGACAUGGAGACUGUCGCCUUGCUCAGCAAACAUACCAUCAUCAUUGCUAGCAAGAAGCUUGUGCACCAGUGCACUCUUCAUGAGACGAUCCGUGUAAAAAGUGGAGCCUGGGAUGAUAACGGUGUCUUUAUAUACACAACCUUGAAUCAUAUUAAGUAUUGCCUCCCUAAUGGAGAUAAUGGGAUUAUUAGGACGCUUGAUGUCCCAAUUUACAUUACAAAGGUUUCUGGGAACACUAUAUUUUGCUUGGAACGUGAUGGGAAAAAUAGGAUUGUUGUUAUUGAUUCAACAGAAUAUAUGUUCAAGUUAUCUUUAAUAAGGAAGAGAUAUGACCAUGUUAUGAGCAUGAUAAGGAACUCACAGCUUUGCGGGCAGGCAAUAAUUGCUUAUCUGCAACAAAAGGGGUUCCCUGAAGUUGCUCUCCAUUUUGUGAAAGAUGAAAGAACACGUUUCAAUUUGGCAUUGGCGAGUGGAAACAUUGAAAUUGCAGUCGCAUCUGCUAAGGUUAUUGAUGAGAAAGAUCACUGGUAUAGAUUGGGAGUGGAGGCUCUUCGCCAAGGAAAUUCAGCUAUUGUAGAAUAUGCCUACCAGAGGACAAAAAAUUUUGAGAGGUUAUCAUUCCUUUAUCUCAUUACUGGAAACAUGGAUAAGUUAUCCAAGAUGCUGAAAAUUGCUGAAGUUAAGAAUGAUGUAAUGGGUCAGUUCCACAAUGCCCUGUAUUUGGGUGAUGUCCAAGAGCGUGUAAAAAUCUUAGAGAAUGUCGGCCACUUACCUCUUGCUUACAUCACAGCUUCAGUCCAUGGACUACAGGAAAUUGCUGAUCGGUUAGCUGCUGAAUUGGAGGACAAUGUUCCUCCAUUACCUGAGGGAAAAACACCCUCUCUAUUGAUGCCCCCAACACCUGUUAUGUGUGGUGGUGAUUGGCCUCUCCUGAGAGUCGUGAAAGGCAUUUUUGAAGGUGGGUUGGAUAAUGUUGGCAGGGGUGAAGUGGAUGAAGAGGAGGCUGGUGAUGGGUAUUGGGGUGAGGAACUUGAUAUGGUUAAUGUGGAUGGGUUGCAGAAUGGCGAUGUUUCUGAAACGUCGGAGAAUGGUGAAGUAGCAGAAGAAGAGGAAGAAGCUGGUUGGGAUGUUGAGGAUUUGGAACUACCUCCUGAAGUGGAUGCUUCAAGGGCUUCUGUUGGUGCCCGGUCUUCAGUUUUUGUGGCACCAACGCCAGGUAUGCCAGUCAAUCAGAUUUGGACCCAGAGAUCAUCUCUUGCAGCUGAACAUGCUGCUGCCGGGAACUUUGAUACCGCAAUGCGAUUGCUAAGCAGGCAACUUGGAAUACGAAACUUCACUCCUUUGAAAUCUAUGUUUCUUGAUAUUCACACUGGUAGCCACACCUAUUUACGUGCAUUUUCUUCUGCUCCGAUGUUAUCAUUGGCGGUUGAACGGUGGUGGGACUUAUCUGCUAGCCCUAAUGUGAGGGGCUCUCCAGCACUUGUAUUCAACUUCUCUCGGUUGGAAGAGAAGCUUAAGGCUGGUUACACUGCUACUAAACUUGGAAAAUUUAAUGAUGCUCUUCGGCUUUUCCUAAGCAUUCUUCACAUAAUUCCCCUUGUUGUUGUUGAAUCUAGGAGGGAAGUCGAUGAAGUGAAGGAGUUGAUUAUUAUAGUCAAGGAGUAUGUUCUUGGUCUGCAAAUGGAGCUUAAGAGGAGGGAACUUAAAGACGAUCCUGUAAGGCAGCAAGAACUUGCUGCCUACUUCACUCACUGCAAUCUUCAAUUGCCUCACUUGAGGCUUGCGUUGCUAAAUGCGAUGACUAUUUGCUACAAGGCUAAGAAUUUCGCGACAGCUGCUCAUUUUGCCAGACGUUUAUUGGAGACAAAUCCCACAAUAGAGAACCAAUCCAAAACAGCCAGACAAGUACUUCAGGCUGCAGAGAGGAAUAUGACUGAUACUUCUCAGCUGAACUAUGAUUUUAGAAACCCUUUUGUGAUAUGUGGGGCUACAUAUGUUCCAAUUUAUCGGGGACAGAAGGAUGUAUCAUGCCCGUACUGUAGCUCCAGAUUUGUGCCUAGCCAAGAAGGGAAGCUCUGUACUGUAUGUGAUCUUGCCGUAGUCGGUGCAGAUGCUUCAGGAUUGCUCUGUUCUCCUCCCCAGAUUCGGUGAGUUAGGUGCUGAAUCAAGGGCGUUGUUCUACCAAUUUUGAAGUUAUCAAUUUGUCAGAUGAAGUGUUCAUGUUAAUCUGAUCAACAUCUGCAGGUAAAAUGAUAAGAAAAGCAAGAGAAUAGUUUCAUUCAUAAAAAAAAUGAUCAGUGCCUGAUUCCUUACUUCCCCUAGAAGUUGUUUAAUUUCAAUGUAAUAAGCAUUUUGGAUAGAGCUAUGCUUCUUACUUUACUUGCUCAGCCAGCCAGCACAGAGAGUAAAAAAGGUAGUUGUUAAAUCAGAUAAUAUUUAUAGAAGGAAUGACUUACUAUUGAUGUACCAUGUCAGUGUAUGCAGAUGCGAUCGCAGAAAAUUUUACUUAUUUUUUGUGACA